AUGGGAAGUGAAGAGGGAAUGGAGAAGGAAGCAGAAGAGAUAGAAAUAACGAAAAGGGAUAUAAAAGGUCCCGGGCUGAAAACCCUGACGAAUCCUGUGGCGCAAAACGUCUUGUUCAAAGAGCGUUCGAUUUUGCAAGUUCUGACAAGUGUGACAAGUUCUAACCGCGAGCCCUCGAGCCGCCCUCGCCGCCCACUCACCACCCAUCGCCGCCCUCUCGUCGCCCUCUCGUCCGCCCUUCUUAUCGUCGCCCCUCGCGCCUCCGUCGCCGGCCCCGUCGCCGCCCCACGCCGCCCCUCGCCGCCCCUCGCCACCCUCGCCCUCUACCUCGCCGCACAACAAUUUCGUCUCCUUGCCGGCCCUAGUCACCCUGUUCCUUCACCACCUGCCUCCUCCAUUCGCGUGUGCUCCACCGCCAUCUGCCCCUCCGUCGCCGUGAUCGUUCUCCGCCCGCCCGCACACCUGCGCGUGGUGCGCCUUGGAGGCGCUGGAAUUGGUAGUGCUCUGCAGGCGAACCGCCGCCGCUGCCCGCCCUGGGGAUGGCGCUGGUUGCCGCUUGUUCCCUCUCCUGCCUCGGGGUUAACGGAGUGGAUUGCGAGGAAUAGGAUUGAUUGGAGUGAAUGGAAUGGAUGGGUAAGAAUGGGUAGAUUGGGAGUGACAGGAGUGUACAGCAGUGAACGAACUUGUUUAGGAGAUGUGAUCAUUUCUAUUGCGAUAAGCGAGGGAUUUCGGUCCAGAUCUCGUCUCGGUCUGGCUCUCCCAUUUCCACCAUCCUCACCAUACCCACCUAUCCACCGUUGUCGCCUCUGCCACUCUCGCUGCUGGCCGUUUUCGUCUCCGCCGCCCUCUCCAUCUUUGUCGUCCCUGCCGACCUCGCCGUCCCCGCCUCCGCCGCCCGAUCCAAAGUUUUCGCCCCUUGUCGCCCUCGGCGUCCCCACCGCCCUCUCCAACGUCACCCCUGCAGCCCUGGUUGUCGCCUGUGCCGUCCUCGCCGUCUGCUGUGAGCGCCGCUGGCGCCGUCGGCGGCGGCGCCGGCCGCCCCCGCGUCCGACCAGCCGGUGGAAUUCCAUUAGGUUCGGGCACAAGAAAGCGCCGCCCGGAUGCCCGCCGUCGCCCGGGGGACCGGAGGCUGUCGACGCCCCAGCUAUCGCUCCGCCGCGCCGCGCCGCACCGCGCCGCACCGCGCCGCCCCAUGCUGUCGGCGACGGCAAGGGAGCGGGAGCAGCUAGUGGCGGGAGCGCUCGUGAUAGUAUCUGCGGCAACGGCAAGAAAACAGGGGGAGAUGACAGUGGAGACUGUGUAGUCAGUGGAAGUAGCGAGGUUGUAGAAACAGAAAGCAUUGCUUAUCUAACAUUGCUCACAUGCCAGAGUGGGACGAAGCGCUUGCUACUCGCUGUCCACCCUCCAAGAAUCGCUGAUGCGUCCACUGAGACCGUCGUCCCGCCCCGGCGUCCUUUCGGAGAUUGGGAAAGCGUGGCGAUGGGUCACGGGGGGUCGGCAGCCCAUCCCGGAGGAGUGACCGCUCCUUUCCCUCCACACGACGCCGCGCCUCGCCGCGCCGCGCAGGCCUCCGCCGCACGCCGAAAGCAACAGCCAAGAGGCGACCCCAACGCGGCACGCUGCCGUGAUGCCCCCCUGCCCCAAGGUGGUGCCGGGGCAGGCAUGGCCCACCCCCGAUGA